UUCCUUUAUGACAGGGCGGGUUGAAGUAUUUCGCGGGAGUAGUGUCUAAAAUAGACAACAUUUUUGCGACCUUACGCUGAAAAUACUUUACAAUCAAAACUAUAUCACAAUGAGUUUGUGGUUGGACAAAUACAGACCCAGCUCUUUGGGGAAACUGGAUUAUCACAAAGAGCAAGCAAUUCAGCUAAAAAACUUGGUCCAGUGUGGGGACUUCCCUCACCUGCUGGUGUACGGCCCCUCCGGCGCGGGGAAGAAGACGCGCAUCAUGUGUCUGCUGAGAGAACUGUACGGAGCCGGGGUGGAGAAGCUACGCAUUGAGCACCAGAACAUCACGGCUCCUUCCAAAAAGAAAAUAGAAAUCAACACUAUCGCCAGCAACUACCACCUGGAGGUGAACCCCAGUGAUGCAGGGAACAGUGACCGCGUGGUCAUCCAGGAGCUCAUUAAGACCAUGGCCCAGUCUCAGCAGAUCCAGACCAGCACUCAGAGAGAGUUCAAAGUGGUGUUGCUGACGGAGGUGGACCGCCUCACCAAGGACGCCCAGCAUGCACUGCGUCGCACGAUGGAGAAGUACAUGUCCACCUGCCGCCUCAUUCUCUGCUGUAACUCCACCUCCAAGGUCAUCGGGCCAAUCAGGAGCCGUUGUCUGGCGAUUCGAGUUCCCCUGCCCAGCACGGAGGAGGUGUGCAGCGUUCUGUCGGCGGUGUGCAGGAAGGAGGGUCUGACCCUGCCUCCAGAGCUGGCCCAGCAGAUCAGUGAGAAGUCCGGACGGAACCUCCGCAAAGCCCUGCUGAUGUGUGAGGCCUGCAGGGUGCAGCAGUACCCGUUCUCAGUGGACCAGAGCAUCCCUGAGACGGACUGGGAGGUUUACCUGAGAGAGACAGCCAACGCCAUCGUCAGCCAGCAGAGUCCUCAGAGGUUGUUGGAGGUGCGGGCGAGGCUCUAUGAACUCCUGACUCACUGCAUCCCUCCAGACAUCAUAAUGAAGGGCCUGGUGAGGGAGCUGCUGAGUAACUGUGACGGCCAGCUGAAGACUGAGGUGGCCCACAUGGCGGCCUACUAUGAACACAGACUGCAGCUGGGCAGCAAGGCCAUCUACCACCUGGAGGCCUUCACCGCCAAGUUCAUGUCCCUCUACAAGAAGUUCAUGGAGGACGGCCUGGACGCCAUGAUGUUCUGACCACAGACCCAUUCAUGUACUUAGUCA